UCCGCGCGCCCAGCAGCACACUGACUGCCCUGAGCGCCUCUGCGCCGCGCACGACACAGGGGGCGUGGCAACCCGAGGAGCCGGCGGAGGGCUCGGGCAGCCUGACGUCACGCCCCACCCCGAGGUAUUUACCUUCGAAAAGUGGUGGCGGCUGCAGGUACCGGAGUAGCGAACCGGACGGCAGGGGCUAGGUGUACCGGGGCUCACCGCCAAACCUAUCCAAGCCGAAGAUGCCCUAGCUCCUGUCCCCCUCCUCCCACACCCCACAGACGGAUCCAAAACUCUUCCCUCCUCACCAAACCCUUGCCCAUAGGAUUAGCCCUCUCCCACUUCUAUCCUCAACUUAAACCCUACCUUUGAGGGUUUGAGCCUCAAAUUUUGAGCCCCAAAUACCAUCUCCCUCCCGACUACUCAUCCUUAACCCUAUCACCCACUUUCAAGUCUGGACCCCAUUCUCACCCUGAAUUCCCAUCCUCCGCCCUGAAAACUCCUUCCUCACUCCUAACACUCAUCCAUAGAUUCCACCCUAAGUGACCCUCAAACCCACAAUCUCCCCCAUUUUAUGACCCAGCCCCAAACUCUCCCGAGUACCUCUCUCUCACCCUACAUCCCUCCCUCUGCUCAGUCUGGGCCCAGGCCUUGUUCCCCUGAAGACAUGGAGUUUGUGUCUGGAUACCGGGAUGAGUUCCUUGAUUUCGUUGCCCUCCUCUUUGGCUGGUUCCGCAAGUUCGUGGCGGAGCGCGGGGCCGUGAGAACCAGCCCGGAGGGUUGCUGGUGGCAGCUGGAGGCUCAGAUCAGAAGGCUGCCCCAGGACCGCGCCCUUUGGGUGCUCCACGUCUUGCCCAACCGUAGUGUGGGCAUCAGCCUGGGGCAAGGGGCAGAGCCAGGCCCUGCACCAGGCCUGGGGGCUGCCCGGCUCCUGGGAGACGAGCCCCCACUCCACCUGCGGGACCUAAGCCCCUAUGUCAGCUUUGUCAGCCUGGAGGAAGGGGGAGAGGAGGAGGGCGCAGGCACCGAGAAAGUAGAAACAGAGGCGGAUGGGAAGCCAGCCCCUACCAGCAGGGAGUCCCCACGGGAAGCAAACCCCCCAGGGGAGGCAGACGGGACCCAGCAGGAGGCAGCAGGUGGCGAGGUCGGCUGCCAAGAGGACAGAGCGGAGGACAAACCAGGGCCUGAGAGAAGAAAGGGACAGAGAAGUGAGGCGCCCCCCCUGCACCUUUCCUGCCUCCUACUGGUGACGGAUGAAUACGGCACCAUCUUGGGCAUUGACCUGCUGACGGAUGGAGGGCAGGGGAGUGCAGGCAGGGGCUCAGGGACACAGAACCUGGCUCCUCGGGCCUAUGCUCUCCUCUGCCACAGCAUGGCCUGUCCCAUGGGCUCUGGAGACCCCCGAAAGCCCCGAAAGCUUACUGUGGGAGACGCCCAGCUGCAUCGGGAGCUGGAGAAUCUGGUCCCAAGGCUGAAAGUGAAGCUAACCAAGACCCCGAUGCGGACAUGGGGUCCCCGGCCUGGCUUCACCUUUGCCUCCCUUCGGGCUCGAAACUGCCAUGUUUGUCACAGGCAUAGCUUUGAAGUGAAGCUAACCCCCUGCCCCCAGUGUGGCGCUGUCUUGUACUGCGGAGAGGCUUGUCUCCAGGCUGACUGGAAGCGAUGCCCAGAUGAUGUGAGCCAUCGAUUUUGGUGCCCAAGGCUUGCAGCCUUCAUGGAGCGGGCCGGAGAACUGGCAACUCUGCCUUUUACCUACACCACAGAGGUGACCAGUGAAACCUUUAACAAGGAGGCCUUCCUGGCCUCACGAGGCCUCACUCGUGGCUACUGGACCCAGCUCAGCAUGCUGAUUCCAGGCCCUGGCACCCUCGGGCACCCAAGGGGCAGCACACCAUCCCUCAGCGUUCUUCUCAAUGGAGAUCCCUACCAGCUUCUUCAGGGGGAUGGGCCUGCUCUGAUGCCUCCUGUGCCCCCAGAUCCACCCAGGGGCCUCUUUGGCUCGUGGCAGGAUUACUACACAUGGCGGGGCCUCAGCUUGGACUCCCCCAUGGCUGUGCUUCUCACCUACCCGCUGACUGUGUACUACGUCAUCACCCAUCUGGUGCCCCAGUCCUCUUAUCACCCAGUCCCUGAGCUCAACAUCCAGAACAAACAGUCACUGAAAAUCCACGUGAUGGAGGCUGGGAAGGAGUUUGACCUCAUCAUGGUGUUUUGGGAGCUCUUGGUCUUGCUCCCCCACGUGGCCCUGGAGCUGCAGUUUGUGGGUGACAGCCUGCCCCCUGAGAGUGACCAGCAGAAUUUUACCUUGCAGAGGGUGAGGGCUGAGGGGGGUGCCCUGCUCUUUAGUCCUAACCCUCCUGCUGUCCUCCCAGCUGGGCUCUGCCCUUCCGAUCCCUGCCUCCUCUCCCCUGUCUUACCUGAUGCAUCUCCCAGUACCAAAACUUCCACCGGCUUCUCCACCCCACUCCAAACUCCCCAGGAUGACCUCGAAGUAUCUGUCCGUCCUGGUUCCGGGGUAUCAGCACGGCUAAGCUCUGGGACUAAGGAGAAGGGGGGCCGCAGGGACCUGCAGAUCAAGGUGUCUGCUCGGCCCUACCACCUGCUCCAGGGGCCCAAGCCUGACUUGGUUAUCGGACACUUGGCUGAGCUCGCUGCCCCGGUUACAGGUGCGGGAUGGGACAAAAGGGACCUUCUCUCACCUCCUGCCCGGUCCCUCCUCCUUUUCUGGAAGUCUCUUCUUCCCCAUCAUCUGCUCUACAGACCUGGGGUGCGCCAGCGGGUCCUCCUGCCCCCCUCUGUGCCUGCCUCGUGCCUCUCCCCAUCCCGGUCCGCCUGGGUCCUCGGGAGGUACGUGGGGUUGGGAGCCUUUCUGAGAGUGUCUGAGGCCCCGCCCCCACCCCAGUCCCUCCGAGUGCCGGCCUUCUUCACCGAGAGCAGCGAGUACGGCUGUGUGAUGGACGACCAGACCAUGGCGGUGGCCACGGGAGGGGGCACCAGCCCUCCACAGCCCAACCCUUUCCGCUCCCCCUUUCGCCUCAGAGCGGCGGACAACUGUAUGCCCUGGUACUGCAACGCCUUCAUCUUCCACCUGGUCUACAAGCCUCCGCAAGGGAGCUGGGCCCGCCCGGUGCCAGGGCCCGCGCCUCCCGCCCCAACUCCUACCGCUCCUCCCGCCCCCGCCCGUAGGCGCCGAGGAGAAAAGAAACCUGGGCGGAGGGCCCGCCGGCGGAGGUGAGGGCGGAGAGGUAGAAGUCCACCCCCUCCCCUAACACGCCUCAGAAAGGAACACGAAACCGGCGAGGCCGAGGGGGGAGGCCAGUUGGCGGAACACGAAAGAACCAGCUCCAGCUGAGUCAGGCUGCUGGUCACUCAACAUCCAGCAGUUUAUGUCCAGUCCCACUGCAAAUGCCACCAUAUCUCGUGUUCCUUACAAAACAGACAUUCGAAACAUUACUCCCUGCUUAAAUCCCCUCAAUGAACUUUCCUCUACUUUUAAAAUCCCCGUGAGUGUGGGCCGGGCUUGAUGACUCUUAUCACAACGUAUAGAAAGGGAAAAAUAGUGGAGAAACCUGGCAGACACCACCUGCACCAAGUGACUAGUUUUACAAGAAAUGAGAAGUCAUGUUGACGUCAUGCUCCCUGACAUGAUGCAAUAAGGCCACAUCCCCUCUGUAGUAUUAUUCCCCCAAAUCCAUAACUUUAGACUAAUCAUGAGAACACACCAGACAAAACCAAUCUGUGGGACAGUCUACAAAACCCGACUGCUAUUCUUCAAAAGCAUCAAAGUCACGAAAAGCAAAGAAAGACCAAGAAACGGUGACAGAUUGGAAGAGACUUAAGGAGACAUGACAACUAAAUACGAUUCAGUAUCCUGGUUUGGACCCUGGAACAGAAAAAAAAAUUUAAUGGAAA